CAUCGCUUCGAGUCCCACUGUUCGACUACACCACAUAAAUUUCACCGCCAACGACACCGCUCCGGCCUCCGGCCUCCCGCCAGCCCCGAGCUUGACCAUCUUUUAUCGUUCCUGAUACCCCGUUUCACGGCUUCUCAGGUCGCAUCAUCGCAAUCUCACAGGUCACUCUUCCGUUUCUCUCAUCGUCUCACAUCAUAAUUUAUGAUAAAUAAAUAACAUCUGUUUAUAUUUUUAUAUCAUUUGAUACACAAGAAACCAACAAAUACACAAACCUUGAUAACGGGAUUUCCCGCAAUCAUUCGUCUUUGUGUCACAGCCAUUUCCUCCGCUUCUCUUUGAUUCUUGCUGGAUUUAGGGGUGAAGAGGGACCUAGCGCAACUAAAACGAAGCCAGCAUCAUGGUCGAAACCAGACGGGGCUCGUCGACUUCCAAGCGCUCUCUCUCUUCAUCCUCCUCUUCCAACGUCAAACGACCCAAGGUGCCCAAGGCUUCUUCGUCAAGAAGUCCGCCGUCAGCGGAAUUUCUUGGUCCUGUCAACGAACCUGGAAAUGAAUCCCGAGAGACGGAGCCAAGUCCGUCUAAUCUUCCAGAUACUGAUUCGUUGAAAGGCAUGGAGGAUUGUGACGUGACGAUAUCUGACCAAUCUCCCGCCAUGGCCAUCAUCGAAGGCGAGGAUUUGACAUGGCCGCCGCCUCUGGGUGAAACCGCGGUGGAUGGAGAGAAAUCAAAGUUGGUUGGAGCGGCCGCCGAUGCCCGGUCCAAGAAACGCCCAACGAAAUCAACUAAAACGAGCCCGAAGGCUGCGUGGGGAAGGCUUCUUUCUCAGUGUUCGCAGAAUCGACAUUUGUCCUUGUGCAGUUCUCAAUUCACUGUUGGUCAUGGCCGUCAAUGCAAUUUAUGGCUUAAUGAUCCAGCUGUCAGUAAUGUUUUGUGCAAGCUGAAGCUCACCAAGCAUGGAGGUUCGUCUGUUGGAUUACUGGAAAUCACAGGGGAUAAAGGUGCCGUCCAAGUUAAUGGCAGGAAUUACAAAAAAAAUUCCUGCCUGAUCCUGAACGCAGGUGAUGAGGUGGUCUUCAAUUCUGACAAGAAUGCUUAUAUAUUUCAGCAGCUCACGAAUAAUAAUGUCACUACUGCUGGGGUACCUUGUUCUAAUGCUGAGGUUUCAUUGCAGCCUCCUGGCCAUGGGGUUGAUACUGCUGACAAGGAGAAUACCACCAAUAAUGGCAAUCCAGCUGAAGUUUCUGCUGAUAAAACUAUUUAUGCAUCCUCUGCCGCUGCCAAUGAAAAUUGUAAUCUUGACAGCAUGAAAGUGGAGGAUGGGAUGUUGACAGGGGCCCCUCAUGAGUUAAGGCCUUUGUUGUGCAAGCUUGCUGGCCUGUGCACUGAAUUCAACUUGAAUGAUGGAUUUUCCAAAAUAUCUGAACAAGGAGAAUCAGUAGAACUCUUCAAGGAUGUUGAUCCUCAAACUAAAUUAGUUUCCAUCAGGCAGCAAGCAUUCAAAAACAUCUUACAACAAGGAAUUCUCAAUCCUGAUAAUAUUGAUGUGUCAUUUGAAAACUUCCCAUAUUAUAUAAGUGAUGCUACAAAAAGUGUUUUGAUUACUUCUAUGUACAUUCACUUGAAGCGAAAUGGUUUCACAAAGUCUGCUUCAAGCCUACCUUCACUGUGCCCCCGAAUAUUGUUAUCUGGUCCUGCAGGUUCGGAAAUUUAUCAGGAAACCUUGUCCAAGGCACUUGCAAAGCAUUUUGGUGCUAGGCUAUUGAUUGUGGAUUCUUUUACCCUACCUGGUGGAACACCGUCAAAGGAUUCUGAUUCUAUUAAACAAGGUUUAAAGCCUGCAAAAGCGUAUGUGCUUGCAAAACACGCAGCGCAGAUUGCCAAAUUACAGCAUAAGAAACCAACUUCAAGUGUCGAUGCUGAUCUUAUCAAUGGAUCCUCGUUAAGUUCUCAGGUUAAGCUGAAGCAGGAGGUAUCUACUGCAUCAUCCAAAGGUCCUAUGCUUAAAACAGGUGACCGAGUAAAAUUUGUUGGUAACCUUCCCUCUGCAGUCUCAUUAUUACAAAAUUAUCCUUCUAGGGGACCUAGGUAUGGCUCCCGGGGCAAAGUUCUUCUUGCUUUUGAAGAAAAUGAAUCUUCAAAAAUUGGGGUUAGAUUCGACAAACCAAUUCCAGAUGGAAAUGAUCUUGGAGGCCUAUGUGAAGAUGAUCGUGGUUUUUUUUGUUCUGCUAAUCAUUUGCUACGGGUAGAUAGCUCUGGAGGGGAUGACACUAACAAGCUUGCUAUUAAUGAAAUCUUUGAGGUUGUUUUUGAUCAGAGUAGAAGUGGUGGGUUGGUGUUGUUCUUGAAGGAUAUAGAGAAGGCUGUGAUUGGGAACUUAGAAGUCUUAAAAAGCAGGCUUGAAAGUUUGCCACGAAAUGUAGUUGUAAUUGGCUCACAUACUCAGCUGGACAAUCAUAAGGACAAGACGCAGCCUGGUAGCCUUCUGUUCACAAAAUUUGGGAGUGCUCAGGCAGCAUUGCUUGAUCUUGCUUUCCCGGAUAACUUUAGCAGAUUGCAUGAUAGGAGCAAGGAAAACCCAAAAGUGAUGAAGCAACUUGGCCGCCUUUUCCCCAACAAAGUAUCAAUACAGCCGCCUCAGGAUGAGGGCUUGCUUUCUUAUUGGAAGCAGCAAUUAGAACAUGACAUUGAAACUAUGAAAGCUCAAUCAAAUAUUGUCAGCAUUCGCACAGUUCUCGACAAGAUUGGAUUUAUUUGCCCUGAUCUUGAAAAUCUUUGCAUUAAAGAUCAAGCACUACCACCUGACAGUGUGGAGAAAGUUGUUGGCUGGGCAUUAAGUUACCAGCUAAUGCAUUCAUCUGAAGAUUUAACUGAAGAUUGUAAGAUUGUGUUGUCUACUGAAAGCAUUAAGUAUGGGCUGAAUAUUCUACAGGACAUACAAGGAGCAAGUAAGAACUUAAAGAAAUCACUGAAGGAUGUGAUUACUGAGAAUGAAUUUGAGAAAAAAUUGCUAGCUGAUGUUAUUCCUCCACGUGAUAUUGGGGUCAAAUUUGAUGAUAUUGGAGCUUUAGAAAAUGUGAAGGACGCCUUAAAUGAAUUGGUCAUGCUUCCCCUUCAGAGGCCUGAAUUGUUUUCCAAAGGACAGUUGACAAAGCCUUGCAAGGGAAUAUUGCUUUUUGGGCCCCCUGGUGUUGGAAAAACAAUGCUCGCAAAGGCUGUAGCUACUGAGGCUGGAGCGAAUUUCAUCAACAUCUCAAUGUCCAGCAUUACCUCAAAGUGGUUUGGUGAAGGAGAGAAGUAUGUCAAAGCAGUAUUUUCUCUGGCAAGCAAAAUUGCUCCGAGUGUUAUUUUUGUUGAUGAGGUUGAUAGCAUGUUAGGAAGACGUGAAAAUCCUGGUGAGCAUGAGGCUAUGCGUAAAAUGAAGAAUGAAUUCAUGGUGAAUUGGGAUGGUCUAUGCACAAAAGACAAUGAGCGCAUACUAGUACUUGCUGCUACAAAUAGACCUUUUGAUCUUGAUGAUGCUGUUAUUAGGAGGCUUCCACGGAGAUUGAUGGUCAGUUUGCCAGACGCUCCGAACAGAGAAAAAAUUCUUAAAGUAAUUUUAGCAAAAGAAGAUUUGGCACCUGAUGUCGAUUUGGAGGCAAUAUCAAACAUGACUGAUGGAUAUUCUGGGAGUGACCUAAAGAAUCUCUGUGUCGCAGCAGCUCACUGUCCAAUAAGAGAGAUAUUGAAGAAGGAAAAGAAGGAGAGAAGUUUGGCGCUGGCUGAGAGCAGACCUUUACCUCCAUUGUAUGGCAGUACUGACAUUCGGCCCUUAAAGAUGGAGGAUUUUAGAUAUGCACAUGAGCAGGUGUGCGCAAGCGUGUCGUCAGAGUCAGCAAAUAUGAACGAGCUGCUCCAAUGGAAUGAGCUCUACGGGGAAGGUGGAUCCAGAAAAACGAGAUCGUUGAGCUAUUUUAUGUAAAUCUGUGUAUAGCAUCAUCUUUUCUUUGCUUAGGCUAUCUAUAGCCUUAUUUGGUGUGAAAAGUUUAGUGACCCGUUAAAUUCAAUCACGGGAAUUCCUUCUUCGAGCUUGCCCCGACAUCACUACUUACUUAGCUGCCAUCCUCACUGCCAAAUUUUGGAUACCCUGUUAGAAAUAUAUAGAAUUUCACUAGCCAUAAGUUAAAUUAGGGCUUGUCCUUUCUCUCCCUGGAUCCUUUGGGCUGUCCUGUUCUGAGCUUGUGAUUGUAAAUAUCAAGUUAGCUAAGAUAAUUAAGUCGAUCUAUUCCCCAGACUAACGCCAUAUACUCAAGAUGUGUCUUGUACUCUGGUGUUCGAAGAGUAAGUAAGAUUUCGCCGCACA